AUGGUCAAGACAAUUGGUGCAUCUAUUAACGUUGAAAUUAAAGAAGGAGACAUAAGCAAAGCCUAUCGUAUUAAAAAACAAAGCAAUAAGAUUAUUGUAGAAUUCUCUACACUGUGCAAAAAAACGGAGUUUAUGAGCAAGAUCGAUAGACAUCGAAUCGACGCAAAUAUAAUAAACAACAAUGGCACUGAUAGCAAUGGCAAUAAAUUUAUAUACAUAAACGAUCAAUUGUCAUUUAAUAACCGUCGCCUACUCUGGCUUGCUAAAACUAAAGCCAAAGAGGCAAAUUGGAAAUUUGUUUGGGUACGAAGUGGCAUUAUCUGUGCGCGUAUUAAGGAUCCAAAUCUGGAAAGACACUCAAACAAAGGUUCAGAUAGUAUUUGCGAAAACGAACUAAAUAAUAUAACGUCUCAAUUUGAUUUACCUUACCUUCUAUUGGGAGACUUUAAUUCUCAUAAUUCCUUAUGGGGCUCUUCUAGGACGGAUUCAAGAGGAAAAAUAGUGGAAAAAUUUAUAAAUAAUAACAACCUUAAUAUAUUAAAUAAACCCGAAUGUGCAACCCACUUUAGUCUUGCCCACAAAUCUUUUAGUAACAUUGACUUAAGCCUAGUAAGCCCCAACAUUAAUAUCUUCUUUGAAUGGAAUGUCUGUGAUGAUUUGCAUAAUAGUGAUCAUUACCCAAUUAUUAUUGGCCUAAAUAGUUUCUCACCAAAUUUCGAACGUAGACCUAGAUGGAAUAUUAAAAGAGCAAGAUGGGAAGAUUUCAAAUGCAGUUUUACAGAAGACCUUUCAAACGCCGAUAACACUGACAUAAUAGAAAAACAUAUAACUAGUACUAUCUUAAAUUCUGCUAGGGAAGUAAUUCCUCAAAACAAUAUGAACCAUAAUAGAAGGGAAGUUCCUUGGUGGAACGAGAAUAUAAAAUCUCUCAUUAAAGAGAGAAGAAGUAAGUUGAAAAAGUUUAAACAAAACUGUAGCUCUGAGAACCUGGCAAGAUUCUUAAGGGCUAAAUCUGAAGCUCGUAGGGCUAUUAGAGAGAAUGGUUCUGUAAUGGAUGAAAAGGCAGGAUUUGCCAUUUAUAGUAAUUAUAUUAUCAUCAAAAAACGUAUUUCUAACUACUCCUCCAUAUACACCUCCGAAUUACUUGCUUUGAAAACUUGUAUUGAGAAUAUUCCUAACUUUAAUAAGAAAAUUCUUAUAAUAUCUGACAGUAAAAGCGCUUUAGAGGGAUUGCAGAAUCCUUUUAGCAGUAAUACAAUAAUAAAUUCCCAAAGGUAA